GCCUCAUAACAACAGAAAACACGCAAACAUCAUUACAUAAAAUCACAUCUAACAUAAUCUCAGCGAAUAAGAAGCGUAUCCAUCAUCUGAUGACAUCUGACACUGAUGCAUCAUCGGACUUCAGAAACUGAAAGUAAAGCAGAAGGAAAAAAAUCAGGCGUGUGUUUGAUUCUGACUGAUUUUCGUCUGUUUAUUAUUUAUAUUUGACUCUAUCGUUGUGUCUAAUGGAUCAAAUUCUCCUGAACUAAUUUAUGUGGACGAGUCUUUGUCUCCGGCAUGUCGUCGAUUAUUAUUAUCACUUUACUGGUGAAUCUCCUCAUAGAGGCUUCAGAGUCGUUCACUGUAGUGGUUCCUGCUGAUCCUGUAGUGGCUCAUGUGGGAUCCUCAGUGAUUCUGUCCUGCUGGAUCUCUCCUCCUGAGAAUGCUGAAGCUCUGGAGAUCCGCUGGUACCGUCACGACUUCAACAACCCUGUUCUGCUCUAUAAUCACGGGAAGAUCCAGGACGUCCAGGAGUGUUUCAGGAACCGAACCUCUUUGACUCUGCGGUCAGAUCAGUCUGGUGGACUGAAGGAUGGAGACGUCUCUCUACGGCUGGAGAAACUCACAUUUCAGGAUGAAGGUCCAUUUCACUGUUAUGCGAGUGGAGACACAGUAUAUGACAGCAAAGUGGUAGAUCUCAAAAUCACUGUUAGUUUUUUCUCAGAUCCAUCAGGUCCAUGGAAGGCUCUUUUCUUCAGCGUUCUCAUCUGUGCUCUUCUGGGUUUGGUUGGGUUGAUCCUCUACAAAUACAGACACAAACUAACAGGAAAGAAACCUGCUGAUGAAAUUUGUGAAGAGGAAGUGUUGGAGAAACUGGCAAAAGAAGAUUGUGAGGAAACUAUGGCGAAAUUGGCAAAAGAAGGAGACAUAAAUAUAGACGAACUGAGGAAACAUGCAGUUGAGAUCAGUAUUGACAGCGAGCGUUUACAUCCAGACCUGAUUCUCACUAAAGACUAUAAAAUCGUGAGAGACGGUCCAGGUUAUAAUCACACUGGAGAUGAAUUUCCAUAUGAAUUAUGUGCAUUUGGAGCCCAAAGAUUCACUUCUGGUCGUCACUAUUGGGAGGUGGAUCUGACACGAGACAAUACACCUACUAAACACUACUGGUUAAUCGGUGUGGUGAAACAAGGAAAUUGUCGUGUAAAAAACAGAUCUGCUGUAACUGCAUCAGCUGGUUUCUGGUUCUUGUGUUCAGACGGUCCUAAUGGCUUUCACACCAACACUGAUCCACCAGUUAAACUCUCACUGACCCCGAGACCUGAGCGACUGGGAGUUCUGUUAGAUUAUGAUGACGGUCAGCUGUCAUUUUACAACGUUACAGAGAGAAAACAUCUCCUGACCAUCAGCAGCAGAUUCUCUGGAUCAGUCGUUCCUCUGUUCAAUCCUGGAGUGGGUGAUGAGAGUCCACUUAAAAUCCUGGAUUGUCCAGAACCUGUAGAAUCAGCUGCAGACUACAGUCAGCCUUUACUGAGUAACAGCUCAGACUGACCAAUGCAGUGUGUUUAAAAUGGACACAAAUAAGUAUGUAUUUGCACAACAACACUAAUCUUCAGCCAAUGUCAAGAUCAGGGGUUUGAUUCCCAGUCUGCUUUCAUGAUGUGUUUCUGGUAUUUGGUCAAAGUGCUCAAGUGGUCGUAAAGACUUAAAGUGUGUGUAGAACAGGGAUGGACAACUCGGUAUUACAGAUGGGUGUGUUUGCUUUGGGAUGGAGCUCAACUCUGCAAACUUUUAAAAUGAAGCUUCCAAAAUUGUGUUUUCACUGUGAUGUCACAGAAGAACCAUUAUCAGUUCCCCAAAGAACAUUUCAGUUCAAAUUUAAGAACAUUUUAAAAUUCUAAUGAACUUUUUUCCACUAUAAAGAAUGCUUUUGCUGAAUGGGAAGUUUGCAUGGAUGAUUUAAAGUUCUUCAUGGAACCAUUGAUGCCAAUAAUAAAAAAUAAAAAAAGCUUUCUUUUUAAGAGUGCAGGACUGUUGUUGUCCAUCCCUGCUUUAACCUUUGAUCACCUGAUGUUAUAACGUUGUAAAAAUGCAAGUCGUUUUUUUUUUUUUUACUGCGAUGUUACACAUUUAGAGAAAGAGUCGAAGAAGUCUGAAAAACUUGGAGGGAAUGAGACAAAAGACUGCCAUGAGAUUGACAGCUGGUGGGUUUCUGAUCCCAGCCAAUGUGAAGUCAUGAAAGACGGCUACUGCACCUUGUGCACAGGGAAGUGUCAUCACAGGAAACACAUCAGAGAAAACAAGAAAUACGUCAUCAAAACUUUGAACGUUGCAAUGGAUUUUGAUGAAUUAAAAAAAGAAUAUUAAAAAAAGGUAAAACAAAGAGGUUUAUGGUUAUAAUGGAUGAUCAUGAGAAAGGUCAGUAGGCGAUUGAGGACCAAAAGUCAGUUCUUCUGUUCAAUGCUUACAGGAUCAUCAAGCGUUUGUCUCAGAUCACAUUAAAACCAGACUCUGAAGACUCAGUCUUCAGCAUCUGGACUCCUUCAUCCCCAGAGUGAGGGAGGCUGGGAAAGAAGAGCUGGAGGAAACGAGGGAAAACGCUAAAGAUGACGAAGAAAAUAAAGAUGCUCUUAUCUUAAAGCUGGUCUGACAAAACUUUUCCUUUGUAGGAAAUGAACAAAUGCAGAGAGGACAAGAGAUGAAUCAAUGAAAAAGAAGGAGACUGUGUGGGAUUACAAAUUUAUUUAAAUGUUUAAUUUAGAUCCCUAUGUAAUAGUGUACAAACUGAAGAAGUUAUAUACAUUGUAUUUAGCAUUUAUGGUGAAGAUGAUGACAUCAGAUGAACGAUUCAAGAGGUCCCUGCCAGUUCCUGUUCUCUUAUUGUAAGUGAAAUGAGCCAGACGACGGAGACUCUUGCCUUUUGUUUGUAAUUGCUCUUGCUGCCCCUGCCCCCGUCUUUGGGCAGUUAGGCUGAUUAGAUUAGGAGUCGUUAAAUGGGGCAGUAUGCUAUACCUGAAUACUUCAUUUGCAUGUCUUAAGGUUGUCACCCAGGUGCUUGGGUUCCAUUCCUAAGCACUGCCCCCUAAAUGUAUAUAAACUACAAUGUAUCACUGCUUUAAGUUAGAUUUUCGAUGACUACAGCUACCGACAGCUUGUGUUCUCAAUAAAAGAAUCCUGCUGAAGAUACAACCCGAAGUCUCCUGGUCUUCACUUCUGAGUUGCCUAAACUUUAGAAGACAUAGGUUUACAACAGAUGGUGCCGUGACCCGGAUAGAGUUCCAGCUUCCUCACCUGAAUCCAGUUUGAAAACUUCAAGCUCAAACAAAGAUCUGCUUCCAGACUGCAUCUUUUGGAAUCCAGCGAAAACUUCAAGCUGAACAAAGAUUUCCAGACUGAAUUUUUCUCUCAACCAAGGUUGUGGUGAGUGCUGUCUCUAAUCCAAAAGAACCUUUAAGACCAGUACAAAUUUGUUUAUCCUCUGCGCCGACAGAGAAGAGUUAACAGACAGCUGUAGGGUUUGGUUAACUAAGUUUUCCUCUAAAAAAAUGAACUUUUAGAGAUGAAGUUACCCUCUGUCCAGGCAGGGAAGUUUAGCAUCAAGUGCUAAUAUUGUUUUAUCCUCUGUUCUGUGUAGGCAGGGAAGAUUGGCAUUUACGUGCUAGUUAUUUUGGUUUAUCCUCUUUUCACAGAGAAGGUUAGCAUUUCAGGCUAAUAAUUUUGGUUUAUCCUCUGUCCUUGUAGACAGGGAAGUUAAGUGUGACGUGUUGGUAAUUUGGAAAGUUAACAAUAGUUAAGCUGUGUUAACAAAUGUACCCUCUGUUGAUCAGAGAAGUUUUAGUGUUUUUGUUUGUGUGGUACAGAAGAAACGUACAAAAUGGUUAGAAGGAAUGCUAGGCUGAUUCAAACAACAGAAAAGGAUGGUCUUGCGACUCCAUUGUGGUCAGAUAGUGAAUUCAAAAC